CAAGCUGGAGGAUGAGCAGAUUCACCAUGUGGACUCUUUUAGUUCUUUGCAGCGUGAUCGUCUUACAUGGAGUGCAAGGUGUUGAUCGCCUUGGAACAACUAAGGCAAUGUAUCGACCAACAGGACCAGCAGAUCCUAACUGUGUCAGUCGGCUUCUUGGCAGGACGGGGGCUCUUGCCAGCAAAAACUAUCCAAAUCCGUACCCUAACUCAAAAACCUGCAUUUGGUAUAUCACACCGAGCAGUGGAAUCGUGGAGCUGAGCUUCCGUGCUCUAUCCAUUGAAUAUCACCCGACUUGUGAUUAUGAUGCCCUUUUCAUCUUUGACGGCCCUUAUACCAGUAGCAGGCUCUUGGGCAAACUGUGUGGCACAAACAGUACCACCUUCCGCUCUACCGGGCCUGCUAUGACUUUGCAGUUCACGACUGAUAGAGAUACUAGCUCCUCGGGAUUUUAUGCUGAAUUCAGGGCUAAGGGUGGAACUUCCUGCAGAAACAGCUGUGGCUACUGGCUCGGAAACUGCUCAUGCUCCUCAAGCUGUGAACAAAGAGGGAACUGUUGUCCAAACUUCAAAGAUUACUGUGCAUUCUCACCCACAUACACAACUACACCAUCAGUAUCAUAUCAGCCCUCAUGUCGUUACAACUGCGGCGGGCACCUGGGAAGCUGUUCCUGCACAAGCUCUUGUCAAUACUAUGGCAACUGUUGCCAUGACUACAGCUAUUACUGCCCAGCCACAACUGAAGGACCCAUCACACCUCGGCCCUCGUGUUAUAACAACUGUGGCGGGCACAUGGGAAGCUGCUCUUGCCGGAGCUCUUGUCAAUCCUAUGGCAACUGUUGCUAUGACUACUACACUACCUGCCUGCCAACGACUACUGGUAUACCUAUCAGACCAACAAGCUCAGAUGGGUACUCCUGUCGGAACAACUGUGGCAGCUACCUAGCAGCCUGCUCCUGCGUAAGCACUUGCCGAUCCCAAGGAAACUGUUGUUAUGACUUCUACUCUCACUGCUACACGACAAUUCCAGCCACCACAGCUCAGCCCUCAUGUCGCUACAACUGCGGCAGGCACAUGGGAAGCUGCUCCUGCGCAAGCUCUUGUCAAUGGAAUGGCAACUGUUGUUAUGACUACUACUCUCAAUGCUUCACGACCACAGGUGCUCCACCCACCACAGCUCAGCCCUCAUGUCGUUACAACUGCGGCAGGCACAUGGGAAGCUGCUCCUGCGCAAGCUCUUGUCAAUGGAAUGGCAACUGUUGUUAUGACUACUACUCUCAAUGCUUCACGACCACAGAUGCUCCACCCACCACAGCUCAGCCCUCAUGUCGCUACAACUGCGGCAGGCACAUGGGAAGCUGCUCCUGCGCAAGCUCUUGUCUAUGGAAUGGCAACUGUUGUUAUGACUACUACUCCUACUGCUAUUACACAACCUGGUCACCAGCCACAGCUUCAGCCCAGCCCUGUGGAGACUCUCUGUAUGGUUCUGGUACCUUCUCCAGCCCGAAUCACCCUAACCACUACCAGGACAACGCCUACUGUGUCUGGCAGCUCAGGGCUGCUUACGACCAAAGAAUCUUCCUGGCAUUCACGUACCUGCAAUUGGAAAACUGCUGCAACUGUGAUUAUAUCGCAGUCUACGAUGGGCCGUCUGUUAGCUCACGAUAUCUGGGGAAAGUGUGCAACAGCAGUUUGAUUUCUUUCUACUCCACCUCCAACUACUUGACUGUGCUCUUCCGGACUGAUGGCUCUGUCGUUGGCCGAGGGUUCAAUGCUGACUUCAUCAGCUCUCUGCCACCAAGCUCAGGUCAGGUGGACUGUUCCUCAGACAACAUGAACAUUGUGAUCCAGAGGAGUUACCUGAACUCUCUUGGCUACGACGGCCACAGUCUGUACGUGAACGACCAGCACUGCAGGCCCCAGGUUUCCAGUUAUCAGGUGGUCUUCAGCUUCCCCAUCAACAGUUGUGGCACCAUUCGAAAGUUUGAGAAUGGCAGAGUUGUGUACACCAACGCUCUGCGUGCCUACGCCUCGAGCUCCGGAGAGAUCACACGCCAGUCUCACCUUAAGAUGAACGUUGGCUGUCGGAUGGAGCAAGAUUCAGUGUCCCAGAUCAUGUAUGUUGUGCAUCAUAAUGGUAACAGCAGCAUCGUGGGCACGGGCAGAUUCAAUACCACCAUGGAUUUCUACACAUCCAGCAGCUUCUACUAUAAGGUGCAUCAAGUUCCAUAUGAGGUGACACUCAACCAGAACAUGUAUGUCCAAGUGAGCCUGAGGAGGGGUGACAGCUCCCUGGUCCUCUUUCUUGACACCUGUGUGACCUCACCAUCACCCCAUGAUUUCUACAGCAGGCCUUACUACCUGGUCCGCAACGGCUGUGGCAUGGACAGCACCUACUGGGCCUACAGCAGUGGCACUCGGCCCUACGCCCAGUUCACAUUUAGGGCCUUCCAGUUCUUGCGAGCCACAGAGUCAGUGUACAUCCAGUGCAAGGUAGUGAUAUGCCAAGCCAACGACUACAGUUCCCGCUGCCGCCGUGGCUGCAUGAGACGUACCGCCAGAGAUCUGGGGUCAGAGCAUGAUAGCCAGACUCUGGUCCUGGGUCCCAUCCAACUCAAAGACCCAGAGAAAAAGGAAGAAGAAACUCCAAAGCAGGACAAGGCUUAACUUGAUUCUGUCAGUAAUUACAGCUCAUUCUGGUCAUUGUGACACUGAAUGAUGCUCACCAUUUUCCUUUUCUUUUCAAC